AUAAAGGAUUACUUAAAAAAGGAUGAUAGGGAACAAAUUACACACGGGAAAGGAGAUUAGUAAUGGAUUAUAUGAAUGAAGAUAAGUUUUAGGAAGAGACUUUACUGACUAACGUGACAGUUUACAAGCAUUGUUUGGAUUUUUUAGAAAAUGUUAGUAAUUUCCCAUAACUAUUACUUGUGCCAAUAUUCCUCAAAAGUGCCCCCUCCCUUCUCUUGCCUUUCUGCUCAGUUCUCAGGCUCUCCCUAUUGUCUGCGCUCAGGAAGUGUUCAGGGUGCAGUGUGUCCUAUAACGGUAUAGGAUGGGGGAAGUGUUUUUCCUGUCUCUGACCUCACUUAUUCUCUUAUUGUGUGUUUGGGGUGGAGGUGGGCAGGAGGGGGAAAGAACUGCCCAAAUGCCCGACGGCUAGUGGAAACCUGUAUCCAGUGGGUUAAUUUGCCAGCUGACAUGGGCACAAUAUGGAUAUUGGUGCCCAUUAUUUUUCUGCCAUUAUGUCAAGGUUUGGACUGCCAGAUCCCCUGCAGAAAUGGAGGUGUUUGCUUAUCCUUAGAGAAUGGAACUCAGAUAUGCAGGUGUCCUGAUGGAGAAGACUGCACUUACAGAGAUCCUUGUCUAUCAGUUCAAUGCAAAAACGGGGGCUCUUGCUAUCGCUUCUCAGCUACUGACUAUCGUUGUCAGUGUGAAACUGGAUGGACAGGCAAGAACUGCGAAUAUCUUGAUUUCUGUACCCCGAACCGCUGCAAGAACAAUGGAAAAUGCAUAAAUAUGGUACCGAGCUUCCGCUGCCAAUGCCCAAUAGGCUUUGAAGGUGAGUCUUGCGAAAAGGAUGUGGAUGAAUGCCAAGCAGCAGAUACCUGCCGGAAUGGUGGAACAUGUGAAAACCUGGUGGGUUCUUUCAAAUGUGAGUGCCCAGAGAGUUACCAUGGUACCCGCUGUGAAAUGAGAAGAGGAGUGUGUGCAGCAGACAGCUGCCUAAAUAAAGGAAAAUGCCAACAAAUGGAGUUUUAUAAAUACCAAUGUGUGUGCCCAACAGGGUAUACAGGUUCAAAGUGUGAAGAGAAUAUUGAUGAUUGCAUCAACCACAGAUGUGAGAAUGGGGGCUCCUGUAAGGAUGGGCUUGGCAAAUAUACCUGCCAAUGUACCCCAGGGUUUAAAGGUUGGUACUGCUCAAAUGACAUUGAUGAAUGCCAAACUCCCGCCAUCUGUAAGAAUGGUGGGACAUGCCAGAACAUUCCUGGUGGGUACAAAUGUGUCUGUGUCAAUGGCUGGGAUGGCGACAACUGUGAACAUAACAUUGAUGACUGCGCAACUGCAACCUGUGCAGAAGGGGCUACCUGCAUUGAUCACGUGGGGACGUUCCUCUGUAUGUGCCCUCCUGGAAGGAUUGGUCUGCUGUGUACAACCCAAGAUGGCUGUGUUAAUAACCCCUGCCACCCAGAAGCUACCUGUGACAGUCAACUAACAUCAGUUGCUCUAUGCCGGUGUCAACCUGGAUAUACUGGCCCUACCUGCCACCAGGAUCUAGAUGAAUGCCAGCUGGGCUCGUCCCCGUGUGAACAUGGUGGGCAGUGUGUCAACACGCCAGGUUCAUUUUAUUGCAGCUGCCCUCGGGGGUUUACUGGAGCAAGGUGUGAAACUGUCCAGGCUGAAUGUCAGCCAAAUCCUUGUCACAACAAAGCAACCUGCCUGGAUCUGCUGGGACAUUUUGAGUGUUUGUGUGUUCCUGGAUACAAAGGGGAGAGAUGUGAGUUGGAAAUAGAUGAGUGUCAGAGCUCUCCAUGUCAGAAUGGGGGAAGCUGCACAGAUCUGCUCAAUGACUAUAUCUGUUCUUGCCCACAAGGAUAUCAGGGACCACAGUGUGAAGAUGAUGUUGAUGAAUGCAGCAGCUCCCCCUGUAAAAAUGGUGGGCAGUGCCAUAAUCAACCAGGAUCUUACAACUGUAGCUGCCCUGGAGGUUUCCAAGGAUCAGUGUGUGAGACAGAUAUAAAUGAGUGUGCCAGUUCUCCUUGUCACUUCGGUUCCUGCGAGGAUAACCCUGGCUUCUUCACAUGCCACUGUGACCCCGGGUACACUGGCACAGUCUGUGAGAAGGAAAUCGAUGUGUGUGAGAGCCAGCCAUGUCACUUUGGUGCUCAAUGUCAAGCCCGCAAAAAUGGGUUUAUGUGCAUAUGCCAGCCAGGCACUACUGGCACACUUUGUGAUGAAGAUAUUAAUGAGUGUCACUCCAGCCCCUGUCUCAAUGGAGGGGCCUGCAACAACACACAGGGUGGGUUUCUUUGUCACUGCCCCCCUGGGACUAUCCAGCCACUUUGUACAUUGCAGGAUAAUAACUGCACCAAUGUGACCUGUGUCCAUGGCAACUGUCAGAAACAGAACAACAGGACAACAUGUAUUUGUGAUGAAGGUUGGAAAGGUUCAGUAUGUGACACUUAUAUCCAGUGUGUCACAAAUCCAUGUCAGAAUGGCGGUGUCUGUCAACCUUUUCAGGAAAGAUUUAUAUGCUCAUGUGUUUCAGGAUACACAGGGCCAAACUGUGAAACACUGCUUUCUCCUUGUUACUCAAACCCUUGUAGCAAUGGUGGAACCUGCCAUCACUACCCCGAUCAAAACGUCAUACAAUGUGAUUGCCCUGCAGGUUGGCAAGGUUCUUCCUGUGAACUUGAUGUGAAUGAGUGUGAAAAAAGGCCCUGUAAGAAUGGUGGGAGAUGUGUAAACACCCCUGGGGCUCACCACUGCAUUUGCCUUCCUGAUUACACAGGGACCCUCUGCGAGGCACUUGUAGAUCCCUGCUUAUCAGACAAAUGUCAGAAUGGUGGUACAUGUGUGAGUGAAACCUUCUCAUGUCUCUGCCCUGCGGGGUACACUGGGGAGCACUGUGAGGAAGACAUUGAUGAGUGUGUGAGCUCCCCAUGCCAGAAUGGUGCCUCCUGCCAGAACAAGGCAAACUCAUACAUCUGUGUCUGUGAUGAAGGUUAUGAAGGGGAGAAAUGUGAAAUAAAUACCAUGGACUGUACCACCAGCUCAUGCCUAAAUGGGGGUACUUGUGUGGAUGGCAUUGCCAGCUUCUGGUGCCUGUGCCCAGAAAGAUUUACAGGUAAACACUGUCAAGAGGAGCUGAGCAGGUGCCUCUCCAACCCCUGCACUAAUAGAGGCAUUUGCCAACAUAUUCCUGGUGGCUAUUUCUGUUCUUGCCCAUAUGGCUACACCGGCGCCAACUGUGAGAUGGCUGUAGACUUUUGUUCUACUGCUCCGUGCCAAAAUGGAGGGUCGUGUUCUCAAAGUGGGAUUAGUUACAAGUGCCACUGUGCUUCAGGGUGGAUUGGAAGUCACUGUGAAACCCCACUGCAUGGCUGCAGGGCCAGAGUAUCACAAGAUGUAGAAACCACAGCCCUCUGUAAUGGGCAUGGAACUUGUGUGGAUUCUGGCCAUUCCUACAUCUGUCAUUGCUUCCCUGGGUAUACUGGGUCUCUGUGCGAAGUAAAGACUGGUUUCUGCCAGCCAAACCCAUGCCAAAAUGGUGCCCAUUGUCAAGAGCAAGACGGGUCAUUCCUCUGCCAGUGCCUUCCGGGAUUCCUUGGGCAGACUUGCACAGAGAGGGAUCCUUGCCUGUCAAGGCCAUGUUUCCACAAUGGGGUGUGUGUGGCACAAGGAGGGGAAUACAAGUGCCAGUGUCCCUCAGGAACCCAAGGAAUCCACUGUGAGAUUAAUCCAGAUGACUGUGCUACUGUAUCCUCUGAACCAAAGUGCUUUCACGGUGGUACAUGUAGGGAUGAAAUUGGUGGCUUCUCCUGCUUUUGCCCCCCAGGAUUUGUGGGUAGAAGGUGUGAAGGAGAUGUGAACGAGUGUCUGUCUAACCCCUGUCAUCCAAUAGGAACAGAGAUUUGCGUGCAACUGAAUAAUGCUUACAAGUGCAAGUGUCAUCGUCUAUACACAGGUCAGAAAUGUGAUCAGCCAAUUAACUUCUGUGCAAAUAACCCCUGUUUCAAUGGAGGCUCCUGUGCAGUUACAGCCAAUACCCCACUUGGCUUCACCUGCAGCUGUCCAAAGGGAUUUUCAGGAGCGACCUGCAGUGAGCCCAUUUUACCGUGCAGUCCUCAUACCUGUAAUAAUGGAGGGAAGUGUGUUUCUGAUACAAAUGGGCGGUAUUAUUGCCACUGUAGUAAUGGGUAUAGCGGCCCCCAUUGCCUGGAGAGUAUUAUGCCAUACACUGCUUCUGCUAGUUCUUCUCCACCAGUCUUACCCGAACCAUCGAAUAGAUGCCCCUAUAUAGACUGUAAGAAAGUCUUCAAAAAUGGAGUCUGUGACAAGCACUGCAACAACGAACAGUGUCUGUACGACGGGUUUGACUGCAAUGCCACACAAGCCUGCAACCCCCUCUAUAACAAUUAUUGCCUGGAUCACUUUGCCAAUGGUCACUGUGAGAGGGGAUGUGACAAUGUUGAGUGUGGUUGGGAUGGAGGAGAUUGCUCAAAUGAAGAAAGAAAAAAAUCUGAGGGUUCCCUGAUCCUAGUUUUGAGCUAUGCUCCUCCUGUGCUUCACCAACGAGAAAUAAAUGCUCUCCUGCGCAAUCUGUCCAUGUUAAUUCGAGCAGGAAUAAGAUUGCAGAAAGACAGCAGUGGAAAUAUGCUGUUUAGGUACCGGAGAAGUGACAGCCUUGAUGAGCUCUUCCCCGAUAGACUACAAAGAUGGGAAUAUGAGGUCAUAGAGAACCCUAACCUCAAAGAUCUAAAGAAGGAGACUAUGUCAAGGGAGGAUACUAUUGGAUGUGUCCUGUUCCUAGAAGUAUUUGGAGCUGAGUGUGUGCAACCUCCUUGUCUUCACACAUCAAAAAAUGUUGCAGAUUUUGUGACAGCUCUUAGUGAGAAAACUGAGCCCUGUCUACCAUAUUCUCUUUUGGGAGUGAAAUACAAAGAUGCACCAAUAGACCCCACACAAAUGUCUGCCACCCAGCUGCCAUGGCCUUUGGUUUGGGCAUCUGUUGCUGUUGGCGCGGCUCUGGUUUUAGGAGGAUUUAUUGGUGUCCAGCUCAGCAGAAAACGUCAACAUGGGGUUCUAUGGCUACCAUCAGGAUUCAGUCGGCAUCGAUCGGGAGAGGGUAUCAGGAGACGGGAACCUGUAGGAGAAGAUGCUACUGGACUCAGGCCCCUGAAGCAUGACUCUGUGUAUGAUGUAGAUUUAGCUACUGAUGAAGAAAUUCUACAACCAAAAUACAAAAGAGCAAAAGUACCAGAGGAAUGUUCCAUCCUAGACCACCGUCAAUGGAGCCAGCAGCAUAUUGAUGCAGGGGUGCGUUUCCCACAAUGCAUUGCUCUGACACCACCACAGCAGGAAGCCGAUUGCAGGGACAUUGAUGUGAGAGGUCCAGAUGGAGUCACCCCACUUAUGUCAGCAAUCUGUGCAGGAGGGGGACUGGAACCAGCUGGAGGUGGUGCAGAUCCACCAGAAGUAGAGAGCUCGGCAGUAGUCAUAUCGGACCUCAUUAGUCAAGGAGCCAGUCUCAACGCGCAGACAGACUCUACUGGAGAGACAGCACUUCACUUAGCAGCUCGCUUUUCAAGGCAAGAUGCAGUCAAAUGUAUGCUGGAUGCAGGAGCUGAUACCAAUGUUCAGGAUAAACUGGGGAGGACCCCGCUACAUACUGCUAUUGCAGCUGAUGCUCUUGGAGUGUUCCAGACUUUAUUGCGGUGCCGUCAAACUGAUAUAGAUGCUCGUAUGAAUGAUGGAUCUACUCCUCUAAUAUUAGCUGCUCGGCUACCUGUACAGAACAUGGUGGAAGAACUUGUGUCCUGUGGGGCUGACCUUGGAGCAGCAGAUACCCGAGGAAAGUCUGCACUACACUGGGCUGCAGCUGUGAAUAAUGCAGCAGCUGUGAAAACUCUUCUCUGCAAUGGGGCAAAUAAGGACCUACAAGAUAAGAGGGAUGAGACACCACUCUUUCUUGCUGCUCGAGAGGGCAGUCUUGAAGCUACCCGAAUUCUUCUUGAGCAUCAAGCAGAUCGUGACCUCUGUGAUCACACUGGACGACAGCCAAGACAUAUAGCCCGAGAUCGAGGCCACAGAGACAUUCAGAAACUUCUCGAAGAGCGUUGCCCUGCUGUUCCCAGGAAUACUUCUGUAGCAACUCCUUCUGCUGGAGCACAAGCAAAGAAGACCCACAGACCUCGGACCAAGGAACAUGUAAAACCUACCCCCUUACCACAUAUAGAUUUAAGCACCUCAUGUUAUCCCCAGGCUCCUCCUCUUUCUGCUCCACCAUAUAUACAAGGACCCCCACCAGACAGCAGCUGUUGUCAGUCCCACCAUUCACUGAUGAGCUAUGGAGGAAACUGCCAACCAUAUCCUAGGAGUGGCUCAUUCUCAUCUGCAGUACCAGGAUGCCAGUGGGGUAACCGAGGCUGGAGAGUUCAUUUUUGUCCAUCAGGAUGCACAGUGUCUGAGGCACCCUAUUCAGGGGGAGGUCAGCCAGUGUCUCCUCAUGCCCAUUGGCUUCCAGAAUCUCACCAUCCACAGUCUCCAAAAUGCCAGAGCCAACCAUCUGGUUAUUGCCCAAAUUCAGCCUUGGAGCAGACUGCCCCUAAAGACCUGCCUUGUACACCCACUGACCAAUUUGGGAACAGCAUCUAUUUAACCCCGCCAUCUUCACAGUAUGGCUAUCCUUCCCCUGCUAGCCCAGAGGAAACAUCUCAGACACAAACUUGCAUGCACCACCACCCCUUCUUAACCCCCUCUCCAGAGUCGAGGAACCCCUGGGGUGUUUCUUCCCCAUAAGUGAGACAUGUAUGGACAAUAAUUGGCAAUGCUCUUUAUAGAAAAGUGAUAGGGUGGUACUUGGAUGACAGAUAUAUGCAGAAGAUGAGCCACAGUUUUUAAGUUUAUAAGAUGGUUAGCACUUAAAAAUAUGUUUUUUACUGUAGCAUUGCUAGUUAUUUUCAAAAGAUUUUCAAAUAUUGGAGGCACAGCUUUUCUCUUUCUAAGCAACUUUCCUAUAUAUUGACAAUAAUUUCAAUGAUUGUAAAGUUAUUUAUAAAUGUAGUUGCUACUGAAAGCAGUAUCUGUCUGUACCUUUGCUUUUUUUCUGCACUCAGUGUAGGUCUCCUGACUAUUGGACUAAUAGCCAAAACUCCAAUUCUCACAAUGCCUUGUAGAUCUGCUAAUCAGCUGGCUUCUUCUCCAUUAAUUUUACCAGUCAGAACCAGCAGUGCAGAGAAUAGCAGGGGACAGACAGGUAAAGCUGUCAAUUGCAUUACGUUUAGCUGCAGAUUUUUUACUAAUGUAUAUUUGACAGUUGCACAGUUGUGUUUUCCUUCAUUAUAAAAAUUUGGGGGGUUUACAUACAUGGUACAAAAUAUGGAACAGCUUACUAGAAUUUGUGGAAUCUUCUAAAAGAUUUCAUUUUUAGAAUAAGCCAUAGGUGCUCUUCCUAAAAAUGACUGUGAUACAGUAUGUUAUUUUCUAACUCACUUAGUUGUACUGUAUUGGGUAAAUCACAACAGGAAACAAUGAAAGCAAAAAAGUUAAUUUAUGUAAAAAACUGUUUUGGAAAAUCCACCAUUUCAGCAUGGUGCAUUUGCUGGGAACUCUAUGUACCUUAUGGAUCAGAAAGCAUACAUAACAUUUAUAUCAAACUGCAGUGGCUGUUGGUCCCUGGGGAUGCAGUCUAGGUGUGUGUAGAUAAAGUCAGCAGGCUAUAGAGUGAAUGAAAACUGCUCAGAACUGCUGGGAUUACAAAAGAUUAUGUGAAUGUUAUGGAUUAUAGAAUAAUGUAGGUGUAAUGAAUAUUUGGGAAGUGAACAGUCAGCCUAUAGUAAGGAGGAAUAUGUAUAUAAAGGAAAAAUAUGGUAUAUAUUAGAUUUAAGGCAGCAGUAGGUUUAAGUUAAGGAAAUCUUUGAAAAUUCCAGCAGGGCCCAUGAUGCAUUACAUUUGUCAGAUCAGCAAAUCAGACAUUGCCCAAUCAACAGAAGUGAAGAUGCUGAGGGCUGCUGGGACCAAAAAUAGUUGGAUAAGUGCAUUAUGGACUUUCCUGGUUAAUAUUUUUACCUAUCUUGUUUUGUAAUUAAAAUGUGCAGUUUGUGUCAAUGGUAUCUAAUCUAGCCCUGUCCAAUAUAUAUAUUUAUAUACAUAUAUAUUUGUAAAACAUAUUAAAACUAAAAUAGCUCAA